AUGACAACCUCCUCCAAAGUCACCACAAGCACAACCUUAUCGAGCACAGCCACUGCUUCCACUUCUGCAGCUAGAGGUAGUGACGGAUGUGUGAUUUGCGAUUCGGUUGUGUCAUGUCCUGUUUGCGCAUCAGGAGAGUACUGUGUUAUGACUUCAUUAACGUGCGACAGUUGUCCAUCCAAGUAUUGUGCUAAACAGUCCGACUCCCAAUUGAGCAGUCUGUCUAGUGCUUCCGCCAGUUCUAGUUCUUCCAGUUCACACGAUGGUUCCGGUGAGAGAACAGCAAGCAUUGUAGGAUUUACAAUCGGUGUUGUGGGCGGUGUAAUGCUAAUUGUCUUAAUAGCGUUGUAUUUUAUCAACAAAAAAUACUGGAAGCCUAAAAGGCAAAGAAAUAAAGCUUUGAAACUAGAAGAGGCGUCGCAAAACUAUGGGAACAAUGAGGAGUAUUAUGAGGACGAGGACGAGGACGAUGAAGACAAUAAUGAUGAAGACGACGCAGAUAUGAGAAAGGACGAAAACUACACCAUGUUCAGUGCGCCACUGGUUCCUCCAAGUCUCAACAUCCCAGGAAACAGAAGUUCCACGUCCACCACGCGCACAAGGGCUUCUAAUAUCCUACCUAUCGCUUACAUUCCUGGUGUGACAAGUGGUUUGACUGCUGAUAAUUUGGAAUCAAAGCUACGUUCGAGUUCUAAAAGACAAAAUGCAGCUGGCGACAUCAGAUCGCAUAUCACUUUGGGCUCAUCCAUAUUGGACGGUCUGGAUGAAGAAGACGAUGAACAUAAUUUGGGCCUCAACAGAGGAAUGCAUCAUACCAUCUCUGACGAUAACCUCAUAACCGCUAUCCGCGCUAAACCUAAACUAGUCCAAAUAGCAGAGGAAGAAAGUGAUAAAGAGAUUCAAGACCUGGAUGACAUCGAAGAACAGACAGAAACGGACGAAGUUGCAGAACAGCUUUCACAUGCUGAAAACAACGACGACGAUGAUGAUGAUGAGGGAAGCUUCAUAUUGGAUUUGGAGAUCCCGGAGUCAAUUCGCGAGGGCACUCAGGAUGAUCGCACGGAGAGCCCGUUUGAGGACAAGUUCGAAAUACACGAUGAACGAUAA